AUGUCUAUGUUUGAAACACCAUUUUCAACAGCUUUCGAAACUAAUCACAAAACACCAUUCAUAUCUAUGUUUGAAACACCAUAUAAUACAGCAUUUCAAACAGCAUUCGAAACAGCAUUUGAAACACCAUUCAUUACAGCCAAAGAAACAGAAGAAAUCCAAGAUAUUCCUAUUCCUAUCCCAGAACCUGAAAAAAGUUCAAGUUCUGUAUCUAGCUCUGAUUACAAUGAAUCUUCAUCGUCAUCAUUAUCACAAGAUUUAUCCUCAUCACAAUCAUCAUCAUCAUCUAAUAUCAAAUCAUCAGGUAAUUUAGGGCAAGAUGAUGCAGAUGCAAUCAACAAAGAAAAGAUCAAGAAGAAAAAGACGAUUGUUUAUUCAAUCAUCGGUGCAAUUCUCGCAUUAAUUAUCAUCAUCACUAUCAUCGUCUUAUCGAUAUACUUCUACAGUCGAAAAUCCGACGAAAAGGAAAGUACAGUCGAAGAAGAAAUGAUUGAAGAAACAGUCAUAUCAUCUACAGGUGAAACAGCCGGUGUCACAAUCGACAAUCCUCUAUGGACGACUACUGUUGUUGAUGAUUCUGAGGACAUAUUCAGACAUGACUUCGAAGAACAAAGUAUGACAAUUAACAUAUUUGAAGCUUAA